AUGGAAGGCGUUCCCAGGACUUGGGGCAUCCACAAAAUUGAAGAAACCAUGGAGCAUUUCGAAGUGUUGAGCUUAACAGCAACCAACAAUAAUGAUAUUGAUAAAGAUCCCACCUCAGAAGAACUGUUAGAAGGAUUACUGGAUAGAAUUGACCAUUGUACCGAGUGGGAUUCAGAUACAAAAGACAACAUUGCAAGAGUCUUCAUUGAAAACAGAGACAUCUUCUCAGAGCAGCCCGGUCUGGCCAAACACUUUGAAUGCCAACUCAAAGUUAAGCCAUAUGGAGCAUACUAUCAAAAAUCCUAUCUUAUUUCAUUCACGUACCACCCACCGGCUAUAGCAGAGAUGAAUAGAAUGCAAGAUCUAGGGAUUAUUGAACCAUUGAGCUCACAGUACAGCUUACCAAUUGUAUGUGUUGCUGAAAAAGAUGGCACCAUGAGAUUGUGUCUAGAUGCCCGAGUGCUUAACAGUAUUUCGGGGGACGAUUGCAAAGGUCCUGAUCAAAUAGAGCAGGUACUUCAAACUUUCAGUGGGAGAAACGUAUACUCUACAAUUGAUCUAAGUGCAGGUUACUGGCAAAUCCAGAUAGCACUGGAAUUGAGAGACUAUCGUUUCUAUUUAAUGGGAGGAACUAUCACUUCAACCACUUAG